AUCUUUGGCGUCGCCGCCGCCUAUCCCGGCUGGCACAAUGGCAGAUUACGACGCCCUGCGCCAGCAGGUCGAGGCCGACGCAGGCGAUUUUACGUCUUGGUCCAAACUUCUCGCUGCCGUCGAGGAGGGAGCGACAGCCUACCCCGAGCGCGUCGCGCCGACGUUCGAGAGCUUCCUCGCGAAGUUCCCGCUCUGCUUCGGCUACUGGUGCAAGUACGCGGACCUGCAGCGGCGCCUGGGCGAGGCCGGGUCGGUGGACGCCGCCGAGGCCCAGGAGAAGGCGGCGACGAUCUACGACCGGGCCCUCGAGGCCGUGCCGUUGAGUGUGGAACUGUGGAAGGCCUACACGGCGCACGUCAAGGCCGCGACGGCGGGCCAGUCGUCGGAAAAACUGCGCGCGGCCUACAAGAAGGCGACGGGCCGCGUCGGCCACGACGCCGCGGCCGCGGGCCUCUGGGACGCGUUCAUGGAGUUUGAAGCGGAUAGGGGCACGCCGGAGACCGUCUGCGACGUUUUUAAGAGCAUGUUGGGGGUGGACGCGUCGGGCCGGACCGACGAGUUAUGGCGGCGCUUCAAGCACCUCUCGAAGUCGUACCAGACGCCCGAAUUAGUAUCUGAAGAGGAUAGAAAGGCUCUUGAAGCGCGCUGGAAGGCCCAGAAGAAGGAGGGCGACGCGAACGCGGAAUUGGAUGCGCUCGCGAAUAGUAGGGUCGCGGGCAUGAAGGAAUUGGAGCUGCAACGGCAGAUGGAGCAGCUCCUACUCGAAUGCGAGCAGGCGAAGAACGACCUCGUCCAGAAUCGGUUGGAGCGCCAGCACUACGAGGCCGGCGUCAGAAGGUGGUAUUUUCACGUGAAGCCUCUGGACGAAGCCCAAUUACGCAACUGGCGCGAGUAUCUUACGAGAGAGGAGACGGCCGCCUACACGGACAAAGAGACCCACGUCAAGAAGGUGCGCGCGUUGUUUGAACGGUGUUUGGUACCGUGUGCGCUCUACGCCGAGUUCUGGCUGCGGUACGCGGCGUGGUGCCAUUCCAACAUCGACGCCACGGCGGCUUUAGCGGUCGCGACGCGCGCAGCGACCGUGUUUUUACCGCGGCGACCCGACGUCUUAGCCGCUCUCGCCGCUUUGCUCGAGUCCGCGGGCCGCCUCGACGACGCGCGCGCGGCCUACGAGGCCGUGGCCGCCGGCGCCGUCGAGGCGGACCACAAGGCCUACGGCGCGGUCCUGGUGGCGAACUUCGAGCGGCGCGUCGGCGGCGACGUCGUCGGGGCCUACGAGAAGGCGCUCGCAAACGGCGCGGCGCCGGCGCCGACGCGCGCGCACCUCGCGCGCUACCACUGCGUCGUCCGCAACGACGUCGCGGCGGCGCGGGCCGUUCUCGAUCAAGCCCUGGAAGCGGAGCCGGAGCACGCCGGGCUCUGGCAGGCGCGCGCGCGCGUCGAGGCGCACCGCGUCGCGGACGACAAGGCGGCGGCCGUCUUCGCGCGCGUCGCCGAGGUCUACGACCGCGCCCUCGGUCCGGAGUCGACGGUGCCUGUACAAGAGCGCGGGCCGCUCUGGCAGCAGUACAAGGCCGUCGCGGACGAUCUGUGUGGCGACGCCGCGAAGCUGCUCGAGAUCGCCCGCGGCUACGCGAAGUGGCGCUCGCGCGCCGACGUCGAGGCGCAGCCGCUGGGGCCCAUCCCCGCGAAGCGCAAGCGCGCGGCGCCCGUCGCGGCCGCCGGCGACGCGUCCGCGGACAUCGCGUCGUCCUACGGGGCCUAUGCGUCGUAUUCCUAAGUUGGCUACCUCUU